CGCGCGGUCGUGUGCCCUCUGCUCCGCACCGCGGAAGACGCUGCGCGGGGCCUCAUCGCGCGGGGCGGCCCAGACCUGAGAGAUUUGGAAAAGCCUUUUGACCCAGAAAUCACCAAGAGUUGUUCCAAAACAGAAUGACAGAACAUAAGAAGUGCACUAGAGAGUGGCCUGAAAGUAGGAAGUGAGACGAGAGUUACAGAUUGGUUGCAUUGAGGAAUGAAGACCUGUAUGUAUCCACCAAUCUGAUUGACUUGUUCAGGGAGGCUAAAGCAUCUGUCUUCAGAAAUGUCUUCGGAAAAUACAGAGCAACAUGACCUUUCACCCAAGGGAUCACUUGAAGGAAAAGACCAAUACAGUCCUCCAUCUAUGAUCCAUGUGGAGCUUGAGAAGGAAUCAAGUACUGACUUCCAGCAACUUGAAGCCACAAAUCAAUGCAGACAUUACCCUAGGAUCCACAUGGAGCCUCAAGAGAAAUCAAAUACUAACUUUAAGCAAUUCGUCAUCAAAAAACUACAGAAGAGUUGCCAGUGCAGCCCAACCAAAGCAAAACAUACGAUUUUUGGUUUCCUUCCCUUUUUGCAGUGGCUCCCAAAAUAUGACCUGAAGAAAAACAUUUUAGGAGAUGUGAUGUCCGGCUUGAUUGUGGGCAUCUUGUUGGUGCCCCAAUCCAUUGCUUAUUCCCUUCUAGCGGGCCAAGAACCGAUCUAUGGUCUGUACACAUCAUUUUUUGCAAGCAUCAUUUAUUUCCUAUUGGGGACUUCCCGUCACAUAUCUGUGGGCAUUUUUGGAAUACUGUGCCUUAUGAUUGGUGAGGUAGUUGACCGAGAACUAAUCAAAGCUGGCUUUGACACUGCCCAUAUUACCCUGUCGUUAGGAAUGGUUUCGAAUGGGAGCACAUCAUUAAACCAGACAUCGGACAGGAUAUGUGACAGAAGUUGUUAUGCAAUUACAGUGGGCAGCACCGUAACCUUUAUGGCUGGAGUUUAUCAGGUAGCGAUGGGCUUCUUUCAAGUGGGCUUUGUUUCCGUCUACCUCUCAGAUGCCUUGCUGAGUGGAUUUGUCACUGGUGCCUCCUUCACUAUUCUUACAUCUCAGGCCAAGUAUCUCCUUGGGCUCAGCCUUCCUCGGAGUAGUGGCGUGGGCUCACUCAUCACUACUUGGAUACAUAUCUUCAGGAACAUCCAUAAGACCAAUCUCUGUGAUCUCAUCACCAGCCUUUUGUGCCUUUUGGUUCUUUUGCCAACCAAAGAACUCAAUGAGCACUUCAAGUCCAAGCUUAAGGCACCGAUUCCUACUGAACUCAUUGUCGUUGUGGCAGCGACAUUAGCCUCUCAUUUUGGAAAACUGAAUGAGAAAUACAAUACCAGCAUUGCUGGACAUAUUCCCACUGGGUUUAUGCCACCCAAAGCACCAGACUGGAACUUAAUUCCUAGUGUAGCUAUAGAUGCAAUAGCUAUGUCUAUCAUUGGUUUUGCUAUCACUGUAUCACUUUCUGAGAUGUUUGCCAAGAAACAUGGUUACCCAGUCAGAGCUAACCAGGAAAUGUAUGCCAUUGGCUUUUGCAAUAUCAUCCCUUCCUUCUUCCACUGUUUUACUACUAGCGCAGCUCUUGCAAAGACGUUGGUUAAAGAAUCAACAGGCUGUCAAACUCAGCUUUCUGGUGUAGUGACAGCUCUGGUUCUUUUGUUGGUCCUCCUGGUAAUAGCUCCUCUAUUCUAUUCCCUCCAGAAAAGUGUCCUUGGUGUGAUCACUAUUGUAAAUCUCCGGGGAGCUUUAUGUAAAUUUAAGGAUCUGCCCAAGAUGUGGAGGGUUAGCAGAAUGGAUACAGUUAUCUGGUUUGUAACUAUGCUCUCCUCUGCACUGAUAAGUACUGAAAUGGGCCUGCUUAUAGGCGUUUGCUUUUCUAUGUUUUGUGUCAUCCUCCGUACUCAGAAGCCGGAGAGUUCAUUGCUUGGCUUAGUGGAAGAAGCAGGAAUUUUUGAAUCCACAUCUGCUUACAAAAACCUUCAGGCUAAGCCAGGCAUCAAGAUUUUCCGCUUUGUAGCCCCUCUCUACUACAUAAACAAAGAAUGUUUUAAAUCUGCUUUAUACAAAAAAACUCUCAACCCAAUCUUAGUAAAGGCUGCUCAGAAGAAGGCAGCAAAGAGAAAGAUAAAAAAGGAAACAGUGACUCUCAGUGCAAUUCAGGAUGAAGUUUCAGUGCAACUUUCCCAAGAUCCCUUGGAACUCCAUACCAUAGUGAUUGACUGCAGUGCAAUCCAAUUUUUAGAUACAGCAGGGAUCCAUACACUGAAAGAAGUUCGCAGAGAUUAUGAAGCCAUUGGCAUACAAGUUCUGCUGGCUCAAUGCAAUCCCUCUGUGAAGGAUUCCCUGGCCCGGGGAGAGUAUUGCAAAAAGGAAGAUGAAAGCCUCUUUUAUAGUGUAUAUGAAGCGAUAGCUUUUGCAGAAGAAUGUCAAAAUCAGAAAGGAAUAUAUUUUCCCAAUGGUCUGAGUCUUUCCAGUGAUCAAUUGGAUAAGUAGAUGAAAAGAAGAAUAAUGUCUAGCCAAUAGCAACUUGCAUACUUGAAAUUUUAACCUAUUGGCUAGUCAUUAUUCUUAGAAGCUGAUGGCCUUCAUAGAUACAGAAGUGCAGCAGAGCUUAUACUUGGGCAGAAUCAGAAAGAAGAAAAUAUUGUGGUUUUAAGCUUUCUUGCAAAUAGGGAAUGCUCUUAGAAUUAAAUAUCUAUUGAAUUGAACUGUGAAGUAGCCCUUAACCUUAAUGAUCAUCGUCUUUAAAAAAAAUGUUUUUAUUGAUUUUUUUUUUUAGAGAGAGAUGAGGGAAAGGGAGAGAGAAAUAGAAACAUUGAUGUGAGAAACAUCUAUCAGAUGCCUUCUGCACACCCCCUACUGGGGAUCAAGUCAGCAACCUGGGCAUAUGCCCUGACCAGGAAUUGAACCAGUGACUUCUUGGUGCAUAGGACACCACUCAACCAACUGAGCCACACUGCCCAGGUAUGACCAUCCUCUUUGAGGAGAUAUGCAUUUGGACUCUUCCUUCUCUAGGAGGUAAAGGAGUGACGUUGGCAUUUACAUAGGCAUUUACUAGAGCACGUCUAGCCUAUAUGAUUGGCUCUUUGGAGAGAGAGUGGAAAGGAGGCAGGGAAAGAAUGUUGUGUCUGAUACUGUACCAGCAGAUCAAGAGACCUCUGGAGCACAAGGUAAUAACUAUUCAAGUUUUUUCCUUAUUUGUACUUCUCCAUACCCAGUUUCUGCUCCCCAGAUGGCAGUGAGAUCUCUGACUUUUAAUAGGAAAGUAUUCCUUUCCUAAAGGCAGGAAACCAUAGGCACAGACCCAUCAGGAGACUGAUGGUUGAGCAUGUUUGUGAAAUCCUACCAGCUAACUUCACAUUAUACAGAACAUUCUUUGUAAAUCAGUUUUUUGUCAUAUCUUUUUGUUGUAAGGAGGUAAGCAAAGAGCUCUUCAUAACCAGCAAAAAUAAUGGGAAUCUUCCCUGACUUUUCUGUAAUCUCUGUCCCUAUUUCUGAGUGUUUCUCAACUUAAAAUUGAGUCUAGGAGUUAUAAUGAUAAAUUCAGGGUCUGUGAUCCUUAUUAAUGUUUUUAAUGAAUUUGGUAGUGCUAUAGAUGAGCUAUAGGUUCUUUUUUGCAUCAAUGCAGGUAAUUCCUUAGCUUUCAGUAAUUUAGUGUAUUUUCCAUGGAAUCUGUCCUAAACUGCUAUGUCUCAUUACCGGUGACGAGCUUGCUAGAUAAAAGGCAGAAUGCUGACUCUGCAAUUCUAUAUAGUAUUUUAAAUGAGCUUGAGGCAAACUGUUAAGGACAGAUUACAAAUAGGAAUGAUUGACAGUUUGCCUUAAGAAUUUGUUACUUAGUGAUUUCUUUCCUUCCCAUGGCAUUUUAGCAAGGGUCAGUUGGAGACUGAUAGUCUUUCUGAAAUAGAAGUGCAUGGCAGUAAGCAUUAGCUUUGUUUUCACUAAAACAUGUACAGAUUAAUUAUUGAUGUUCCUUUGGAAGCUUCUGUGCAUUCUUUUCUGUUGGUUAAUCAUUUGAUUUUAAUCCUUCUUGCCUUCCUCCCCAAGCUAGGUUUGAAUCCAGACCAUUCUGGAUGUCUAAUGUUGCCUGUCAGAGUAGAGUACAUGUUUAAGACAACUCUAUAAUUUAGCAAACACUAGCACAGUAAAAAAAAAAAAAAAAAAAAAAAA